CUGCUUUAGAGGGCCGGGAAGAGCUGGCAGUUUGACUGAGGAAGUCAUGAAUCCAUUCAUUUUAAUCCUGAAGUAAUGUGCUUUUACCAGAGAUUUAGGAUGAUGUUGUGGCUUUUCUCCCAUUAGAGUGACCAGUAUUAUGUAUUGUGACCAAGUCCGGAGCUAUGAAACUUGAAGCUGUUAUCCCCAUGGAGGAUUCCAAGAUGGACUCCAAGAAAACAAGUUCGGACCAACCUGCAGAAUCUGCUGAAAAUGGUAUAAAUGGAAACGGAGUUGAAAACGGUAAUGGAGCUGCAGCUGACAGGGAAGUUUCCCAAAAUGGGAAGUUUGAUGUAAAGCCGUUACUGGAGUCUGGUGAAGAGCUGACAGAAUGUCUUGAUUCGAAGGAAAAGGCUUGUCCAAAUCGUGGUCCGGUUUCCAACCCCGAUCGGGCCACACGGAGUGCUAGUAAACCUGGGUCUGGCAGUGACAGAGAAGUUUUAGUUAGUCCUGGUGUUGCUACUCCAGAUUGCAAGGAUAUUCCCGAUUGUAAGGUCGUGCCUUCUUAUAGUUCAGAGGCAACUUCUGAACUUGCAGAUGCUGAAAGUGAGGAUAGUAAGAACAUUCCUUCUGAAAAGGAACUGAUAUCUGAAAGUAAGGACGCUGGUGUUGAAAGUAAGAACUCUCUUUCUGAUAAUGAAGCCACUUCUGAAAGUAGGGACACUCGCGUUGAUAGUAAAGAUAUUCCUUCUGACAAUGCAGGGACAUUUGAAAUCAAAGAUGCUGCUCUGGAUAGUAAAAUAUCCAAAUCUGAACCAAUGGAUACUGAGGAGUCGGAAAAAAAUGAAACAGACAAUGAUAAAAAAAAUAUGACGGCCGUUGCCAGCACAGAGGGUAAACACAUCUCCGAUGGCAGUGCCUUGGAUUUGGAAAAAGAUACGAGUGCCGAUUCCAGCAACAAGUCAGGUGGUGAGGAACCAAUAACCGAUACUGAUUCUACAGAUUGCAGAUUGGAUAAAAAAGUAAAAGAGACGGACCCUGAUCUUGAGAAGGUUAAAAGUGGCGGGCUUACGCUGAAGUUAGAUUCUGGCGAGGAGUUCUCUGUGCAGCUCGCUGAUGAGGAGGAGGAGGAGGAAGCAAAAAGCCAUUGUAAAACUCUUGUGGCAAAUGAUAGUGAUGACGAUGUGACUGUGGUCAGGGUGGAGACUAAACCCAAACCUAAGGCAGAGAUUCGUGUUACGUAUGGUGGCCCUGCUGGCGCUGCUGCUGGUGUGGCUCGGACUUUGCCAGUAAUGGCUCCAAAUUUGGCACCUACUUCUUGUACCUUCUUGACGUCGUCAGCCCCAGUGGUGACUGGUGCAACCAGUCUCAUUCCAUCUGGUGGCAAUAUCUUUGUACCUGUACAAUUCCCGCCCACUUCUGUACUUAAAUCUGGACAACUGUCUGUCCCUGUGCUAUUGAAUACUCAAACAGGGAGUUUUGUAAAAAACGUUGGUCAAAACUUGACUGUUAAAUCGGUAGCAUCAAAUCAAAAGCCGACUGUUCAGGUUACUACAGCGACUGUAGAUCCAGUCGCUGCAGCUAAUUACGCAAAAGCAAAAGAACUUCACGCUAAAAAGGUGGAAGAUUUUAAAGAAUUGUCAUCAUUCUUGAAUUCUAUGAGAAACAAAGUGACUGUUCAAAACACUGUUGAUGCCUUGAGGGGUCAUGUUGUGAAGAUACCAGAAUAUAGACGAUUGGAAGCGGCAAAAAGGAAAGCCUUGGCUUGGAAAAUGGAAGCUGAUGUUGCGUCUGUAGUCUCUGAAAAAGAGAGUGAUGAUGCUGACAGAGAGAAGAGUGUUACCCCAGUGAGCAAGGAUGAUGAGAGUAAGGAUGGGAGGGAGUCUGAGACGACGGAAGUGGGGGAGAAAGACGAUGAUGAGGCGACCGAUGUUGAGAUGAAAGACAAGACUGAUGAUGAUGAGGCUACAGAUGUUGAAAUGAAUGACGAGACCAAAGAUGAGGCGGGAGACAAACCUGAAACGGCUAAAUCGGCCGAGUUGGGAAAAGAUGCCAAGGAUAAGGAAGAAAAAGGAGGAGACAAGUCUGAUGAUGUGACAGUGAAAUCAGUAGAGGAUGAGAAAGUGGUUGGAACAGAAACAGAAGAAGGUAAAGGGGAGAAGAGUGAAGAGGGGAGCGAGUCUGAUGAAAAGAAAGAUGAUGCCAAGACCAGUGAUUCAGACAAGACUGAGGUGACGACUGGUGAAGCCAAGGACACAGCAGGAACAAAAGAAGAGGAAAAAACAGUAGCUGAUGAGAAGCCUGCAGCUAAAACAGUGGUUGAACCUGCUGUACCAGAACAAGCCAGCGAAAAGGGCGAUCAUGAGGAAGCAGCAAAAAAACUCCGCCCAGUCGCAAGAUUUCUUUACUAUAGCGGUCUUGAUCUUGCUCGGGAAUACAUCUAUAAAGAUCUCCUUGAUAAACAAGAGGUUCUCAUUGAGAAAAAGAAAUUGAGUUUCGAAGAGCAGGAAGACUUUCAUAGGCUUAGGCGGAUUUAUAGCUCUUACAGACGUAAGAACAAACCCAUGCAUCCUAAAGUGAAGAAGUGUCGUUCUUGUAAUUUUCAAACUGAGUCUAAAAAUGCAAUGCACAAUCAUCAGGAAUAUGGUCAUGUCGAUUUGUCUGUUGGGAGGUAUGAAUGUGCAUUAUGUGACUUUGACUCCAGGGCUGCUAGUGCAUUCAAGUUCCACAUGGAAGCUGAACAUUCCAUGGUUGGUCGUGUCACGGUCAAACCAUGUUUCUGGCACUGUGACCUCUGUCCUUAUGAACAUAACAAUAAAGCCAUGGUCAUAAAACACAAAAUGAAAUGUGGGAAGAAGUUCGAUAUCAAGAAGCAUUUGUUCCCGACAUAUGAUGACAUUAACUUUUUAUUCCGUGCUCUGCCAGGACCAUCAAUUGGGGCUAACCCUGUGCUAACUCCACCAGCACCGCCGAAGCCUGGUGGCAGCGCAUGGGCCACUGUCGGCCCAAAAACUGUUUAUAACAAACCGUACACUUCUUUGCCGACAUCGUCUUACGCUAGUAUUGCAACUGCAAAGCCUCAGGUGCCCCAGAUUGUGACCUACAUGACCAGUAAUGGACCAGUACGGGUUCAACUGAAUCAGUCUCAACCGAGGCCCCAACUGCCAACGAUGGCAACCAGCAAGCCUGCUCUUGUAAAGCAUUUAACCUCUCCUGCAGGAGUAACCCCUGCUCCAACAUUGCUGGCAACGCAAGCCCAGGGUAUCAAGCGACCUGCCGCACCCAUUGUUGCCCCUGCCCCAGCUAAGGUGGCAAGGAGUGAAUUGGAGAUUUGCGAAAUUUGUGGCGGAUUCAUUAAAGACCGGCAUUCGCUGCGCUUGCAUUUCAAGAUGGCGCACUGUAUUGAGAUUGACGAGUCCGUGAUCACGUCCAAACACACAGCACCACUCAGUUGUGAUGUUUGCAUGAAGCGCUUCUGGACAUUCCAGGGAUUGACGAUGCACCGAGUCGCUAUGAACCAUAUCCCGUCGACCAAUACCAAAUCUAUGCGAGGAAGUAAAUGUUUCAUUUGUAGUGUGUUUGUCGCGGAUAUCAUGAAGCACAUCAACUCCACUCACAACAUGAUCCCUGGCCAACUCAACACGAUCCGUAUCUGUCCCGUGUGUGGCCACAACAUGACUCCAGGUAACCUGGUCAGUCAUCUCAAGCUUCUCCACAACAUGAUCCUUCCUCUCCCAGGGUCACUGGCAAACCAGCCAACAUCAGUCGCCACCAGUUCUGACCAGAACAAGGUCUACACAUGUACAUCUUGCAAACGAUCAUUCAUCUCCAUAAAAACAUUAAAUAAGCACAUUGACCAAACACAUUCUUACAAAUGCCACCUGUGUGAUUUCCGUUGUACUGCCAUUGACGUCUACAAGAAUCACAUCACUCAGGGUCACAAAAAGGCGGCUAAGAAGUGUCAAAUCUGUAAGAAAAGCUUCAUUGGUGCAGCGUAUACCGUACACGUCCAGAAGGAGCAUUGCCGUAAGUUUAGCAUCAAGCUCGACCGAUGUGAUCACCUUGUGACUCUGUUCAAGGGCUCGUCAAAGACCAAUGAAAAAGCAUACAAGGCACUUGGAAAAGAAACGCCUGCCAAAGGAGAGCAAACAGUAAAAACUAAGUAAUCAAUUAAUAAUGGCAAAAUUAUGGUUUAAAACAGGGUUUAUAAAAAGACAGUUCAGUAAUUUGUCGCUUUCUGUGAAAGUAAGUUGAGCUUUCCAUGUCGGGCGGGGUGAGUCGAUGUUGCCAAAUUAUUUCUUGCUUGUUCCAUGUGCAAAGACGUGUGCUUGGUGGACGAAACAAUUGCUGUCGCUACUUUGGAUUAUUGAUUGGUAAAACUGCUACUCUGUAGUCAAAACAGCCUUUUGGAACCUUUCCUUCAUGUGCUCCGCUGCUGUUUCAAAAUCAAGUUUGUGUAAUCUCUGCCACAAAUUGCUAAUAAUUACAGUAAGUGGGUUUGGCAAGUCAAUCCUCAUAUUUUAGGUGAAAGUUGGGUGGGUCAAAAGCAGUUUUGCUCGAUAAACAUCUUUAUAAAUAGCUAGAAGAAGAUACUUUUUCCGAGCGUUUGAGGCCUAGACUUAAUUAGUUUACAAACAAGGUGCCACUGUUGCUGAUAUUAAAGACUAUUUGUUUCUCAAUGUAUUUGUAUAGCUUCAAGAAUGUCAUUCGGCAAAGAUUUCCAUGUUCCGGAUAUGGAAUUUUCUGCAAGUUGGCAAAGAGCUUCAGUUCAAGAAUUUAGUGCAGAUUAUCACUGUUAUUUUGCUACAAUAGAAUUAUCAAGAAAAUGUUGUCUUUUUGUUGAUGCAAACAAACACGUUUUGUAUUCUCUAUUGAUCAGGAUAAAUGAAUGACACUGGUGGUUAGUGUUGUAUUUGAUGGUGUUGAUGAUCAUGCUACAGUGUAUUGCACCCUGGCUACUUAGGUUUAAACACAUAUUCAUCAAAUUUAGUACACUGUUUUCGUAGACUCGCUAGAAUCUAUGUCUAGCAGAUAAUGUUUUUGGGGUGAAUCUGAAGGGUUAAUUCUUGGUUUCUUUGUCAACUCACUUUCAACCCAGAAAAUCUAAAACCAGCAUAUUCAAUUUGAUGAACCGGUGUGAAAAAGCUGUCUGAAGGUUAUAUUAUCACAAUACAAGUUGCACUUGGCACUUGCAAGACUUGAAACAUGUAAAAGGCUUAUGUGUACUUUAAUAUUUGAGUGAUUUCAACACCAUCAAGGACGACAGUGAGGCACACAUACAUUUUAAGGGCAUAUUGCUGUGACAUGUGACAUAUAAAUAUGACAGCUGAAUCCCUGAGGUGGCGAUAUCUUGCUGUUGACUGGGUUAUGUUCGCGACCGUUUUUAUUCUCGCAAUUUGCAGGCUUUUGCAGAUUUUUGUUGCCCUCAACUCGAUCAUUUGUGUGCGCCUAAUUUGAUGUUUGUGUCUUCAUGUUUGACUUUGUAAAACCUGGACUGGAUUGGUGUGGACAUGAUUAAAGGUGUGCCUGAUAUUGCAUUUAUUAUAACAACCUUGACAUGACUAAGUCUGCAUGUAUGUAACAUGUAUGUAACAUGUACGAGGGUCGUCUAAAUUCAGAAAUAUUGGCACUUCUAUUGACUCAAGAUGCUCGUGUCCGUGCAGUAUGUGUUUUUGAAGCAGGGGAGUUGAGGAUUAGAGGUGAUCGUUGGCUGCAUUGAAAUUAGUAUACAGGUAUACUUGUUUAUUAUCUAAUGAAAACCUAAUCUAAUGUAAUUGGAUCAUUGUGUCUUCAUGUAAGUAAAAAAUAUUAUAAUAAUGAGCUGUUUAUAAACAGAAGAUAUGUUAAUUUUCUAUGGAUACACUUUCUCCUAUUAUCAAUAUUGUAUAAAAUUCUUGCUAUCAUAAUAAUUGUACAAAAGA